AAUGAAUCUGUCAAACUGAUAACACUGUGCUGAAGUUAAUCACAAAUCCAAAGUGUUGGCGAACAGUGUUUCGCAAUAUUAUUUCAAUAAAAUUCUAAACACAGAUUUGUGUAACAUUAACCAUGCUUUCCAGCCUGAGGACUGGAGUUCAGGGCGUGUUGCGUGCUGCAUCCAGGAGUGUUCAGACCAGCUCAGCUCUUCAACAUGACAGUCUGUUCGUCCAUCGUGAUACUCCUGAGGACAACCCUGACAUCCCGUUCGAGUUUUCAGAGGCCAACAAGAAGAGAGUGGAAGCCUUACUAGGAAUCUAUCCCGAAGGCCACAAGCGUGGUGCCAUGAUCCCACUCCUGGACCUAGCCCAGCGUCAGGCUGGAGGCUGGCUGCCGAUAUCAGCCAUGCAUAAAGUAGCCGAAAUCCUCAAACUUCCUCGCAUGAGAGUUUAUGAGGUUGCUACGUUCUACACUAUGUUUAUUAGACGACCAAUCGGCAAAUACCAUAUCCAAGUUUGCACGACAACUCCCUGCUGGCUCCGAGGUUCUGAUGCUAUCCUGAAGGCCCUGACUGAGGGUACACAAUGCCAUGUUGGAGGAAACAGCCCUUGCGGCAAGUUCUCUAUUUCUGAGGUUGAAUGCCUUGGCGCGUGCGUCAAUGCUCCUAUGAUUCAAGUCAACGACGAUUAUUACGAAGACCUGUCAGUAGAUGACACAAAGGAGAUUAUUGAAAAGCUCAAAAGGGACGAGAAACCGAAAGCUGGACCUAGGAGCGGCAGAUUCGCAUCAGAACCUUUGGGAGGUCUUACUUCUCUCACCGAGGAACCCACAGGCCCCGGCUUUGGACUACAACCUGGCCUCAAGGCCUAGAACAAGAAGUUUCCGUUUUGUAAAUUUUAUUUAUAGGCAAUAUUUAAAUAAAUCAUGUUAGAAUCGUU